CACUGUCGAUUAUCCGGCCACGAGAGGAAGGAUUGUCCUAAUCUACAGAAUGUACAAUGUUACCGCUGCCAAGGUUAUGGCCAUAUCAGCAAACACUGUAAAAACAGAAAAACCGCCAACAGAUUUAGGUUUCUGCGACCGAAGUCUCUGACAUAGGCACAGAAGAUCAGAUAAACACACAAAAAGUAGCAGAAGAUGAAAUACAUCAAGAUAAUGAAACAAGCGAAGUUGAUAAUGUAGAAAUAUCCUCAAUGGAUUUAGAAGAAAGGGACCAAAUGCAAGAAGAAAACGUCCAAGGUGAUAACGAAACCGCUGACGACCAACAAUGUGGUGCUGAUCAGGAUUCCAAUAUAGGAAACACUGAUGCAGGCAGUUCAGGAAGACCGGAAAGCGUCAACAGGAUACAAAUUGAACCUUCUAAAGCAAAGAACCUCCAAGACGACAGCACGCCGCUACCACUCGGACCAGCACCACCAUUGAAGAAGCCAGUGCCUACGCUGGCUAAAUAGGCCUUUCGCGCAUACUAUCGUUACACAAAGUCUUCACUCUAUGGUGAUCUGGGUGCCGGUUGAUCAACCACCGCCACUUUGCGGUUGGUCUAUAAAGAUAAGCAGAUUGAAUUCCGUAAAAG